AUGGCGCCUACAUCUUUCUACCAAAGGCUCUCAAACUACGUUAGAGAAUCAGACAAAGUUGAGCCGCCAAUGCUCUCCGCCAGUGCUGCUGCUGCGCUUUCUGUAGCCUACACCGUCCUCUACGUCUUGCCUUUCUAUCUCUCUUCAACCACCCGCCCGUCACCUACCCUCUCUCGCGAUGCUCCUUCCGUCAUUCGAGCGCGCAUCCGCUUUGUCACAGGAUCCGUCUUCAUCUGCUCCGCCCUCACAAUUUACGUCAUCUCUACGCGAGCAGAGGUGUCAUACUCGGAAAUAAUUCACCUACUCGGCUGGUAUCCUUUCUCUCCCCUCGAUAUCCCCAAAGUCUUAUCUCUCACCGCACUUCUCUUCGCUGGGCCCCUCUUCGAAAAGGGCGUCAUCGAAUCCGGGUGGCGACAUUGGGCCAAAGGACGAGACUUACACGAAACCUUGAGCAGUUGGAUCGGAUGGCGCAAUUACAUCGCCGGUCCGUUCACAGAGGAAGUGCUGUUUCGCUCUCUUUUACUGUCUCUGCACCUACUGAUUCGGCCCCCUUCUUCCCAAACCAUUCUCAUAUUCGUGACCCCACUAUACUUUGGCAUAGCGCACAUCCACCAUUUCUAUGAGUACACCCUCACACACCCUUUCACUCCGCUGCCACCGGCGCUGUUGAGAAGCAUUGUGCAGUUUGGGUAUACGACUGUGUUUGGGUGGUAUGCCGCGUUUUUGUUGCUGAGAACCGGCAACCUAUGGGGUGUCGUGGUCGUGCACGGCUUUUGCAAUUGGGUGGGUCUGCCACGGGUGUGGGGAAGGGUAGGCGGUGUAGUCAUCGACGGUGGGGUUGUAGGAGGCCCGGUCCGAGGAAAGGAGGAUGAGGAUCGAAGAGAUGAGGGUGCGCAGAAGCUGGGACCUGCGUGGACAGCGGCGUAUUACAUCAUCUUAGUUGCAGGAGUGGUGGCAUGGUGGAAGGCUCUAUGGGUUCUGUCGGAGUCGGAGCGAGAGCUGAUGAAGAUUGGGUGA